CACACUCCUCUUCUUCUGUUCACUCCACAGUGUGUGUUUGUCUGAGUGUGUGUGUGUGUGUGAUGGAGUCGCUCGCGCUCAGCUCCGUGCUGCUGUGUCUUUGCUCAGUAGGUCUUGUUUCUCCGGUGAACGCGCGGAUCGGUAAGCGCGCGCUGAUCGGGGCUUGCCCCGCGCGUUGUGACAAGUCUCGCUGUCCUGCGCUGCCCGCGCGCUGCGUCACGGAGCUCGCGCUCGACGCGUGCGGCUGCUGCGCGGUGUGCGCAUCCGGUGAGGGCGAGGCGUGUGCGGGGGUCGGUGGUGCGAGGCGGCUCGGUGAUCCGGUGUGCGCGCGCGGACUGCGGUGCGUCGAGUCAUCAGCAGCAGCACCAGCGUCCUCUUCAUCAUCAUCAUCAUCAUCAUCAUCAUCAUCACCAGUCGUGCUCCGGCGAAAAGCGCGAACGUCAGUGUGUGUGUGCGCGAGCGAGGAGCCGGUGUGCGGCAGCGACGGAGUCUCGUACCAGAGCGCGUGCGAGCUGAAACGGGCCAGCGAGCGCGCGCAGGAGCUGCAACGUUCGCCCGUGCUGCUCGUGCACAUAGGGGCGUGCGGAGAAGUUCAGGAGAAGCCAACCAGUCUGAGAUAUAAAUACAACUUCAUCGCUGACGUGGUGGAGAAAAUCGCACCUGCUGUCGUUCAUAUUGAACUCUACCGCAAGAUGGUGUACAGUUUGCGCGAGAGGGCCGUGGCGACUGGUUCGGGAUUUAUCGUGUCUGAUGAUGGACUCAUCGUCACUAACGCCCACGUCGUCGCCGAUAAAAACCGAGUGAAGGUCGAACUGAAGAACGGACAGUCGUACGACGCCAAAAUCACAGACAUCGACGAAAGAUCGGACAUCGCGCUGCUCAAGAUCGACUCUCCGAAUAAACUUCCUGUGAUGGGUCUGGGCCGGUCAGCUGAUCUGAGACCGGGCGAGUUCGUGGUGGCCAUCGGGAGUCCGUUUUCACUGCAGCACACGGUGACGACGGGGAUCGUCAGCACCACGCAGAGGGGCGGGAAAGAGCUCGGCCUACGCAACUCCGACAUGGACUACAUCCAGACCGACGCCAUCAUCAACUACGGAAACUCAGGAGGACCCCUGGUUAAUCUGGACGGUGAAGUGAUCGGAAUAAACACUCUGAAGGUGACCGCGGGAAUCUCCUUCGCCAUUCCAUCCGACAAGAUCAAGGAAUUUCUCACCGAGUCCUACGACAGACAGGCCAGAGGUCGAGUAACAACUAAGAAGAAAUACAUCGGUAUUCGGAUGAUGUCGCUGACGCCCGAGCUGGUGAAGGAGCUGAAAGUGAAGCUGGGAGAUUUUCCUGACGUCACGUCCGGUGCUUACGUGGUCGAGGUCAUCUCCAGAACCCCAGCAGCAGUAGGUGGAGUGAAGGAGAAUGACAUCAUCAUUUCGGUUAAUGGGGUGCGGAUUUCCUCGGCUGCUGAUGUCAGUGCUGUAAUUAACACACACGCCACGCUGCACAUCGUCGUUCGCCGUGGCAACGAGGACGUCCCUCUCACUGUUGUUCCCAUGGAGAUCGACCCUUGACCUCGACGCUCCACCUGUCUGUGGUUUGGUGGGCUGAGGCCAAUCAGUGAUGGCUUUCUAAUGAUUGACAGGGUGAAGCUCCGCCUUAAAAUGCAUAGUGAUGGAGAUUUACAUGUAUUUUUAUUUUAUUUGAUCAUUUUGUUAAAAAGCGUUGAAUUAAAAUAUUAUUGUUGUUUACAUUUUACAAAAAUAAGCCUUACUUUAGUUACUGUUGAUUUUUUUUUGUUUGUUUAUUUUUAUUUUGAAAAAGAUAAAUAUUGAUAAAAGAUUCAAGAAAUAAGAAAAGCUCUCAGAAUGAGCACACGGAGAAAAAUUAGGAACAUUUGAAGAAUUUUUGCUGGAUUUUACAUAUUUUUUGUAAAAUAAAAAUAAUUUUUACUGAAUAAGAUUCAGAUCUUUUUAAAGAUCUUUUUUAAAAGAUGUCUUUAAAUAUUUUGCUUAUUAUUCUGCUUAUUAAAAAAAACACGAAAUACUGCGA